AUGGCCCUGCGCUGCCCUCACUCUCGGCAGAUGACGUGGGGCGUCUUCUCUGGCUUCCUCGCCCGCUGUGCCAGCCACAGUCAGCAGAGACCAAUGGUGAAGACAGGCUGCCCAGCAGUGGCGAGGAGCUCAGACUGGUCUGGGCAGCAGCUCGUGCCUCAGCCUGCUGGCCCGCGACUCAGUGGAGAGACUGCAGCCUCCAUCCCCGGGCUCCUAGGGGGCUGUCCUGCCCUGGGGUCCCUGAGCUGCGUGCCCACUGGAAGACUCGCUCGUGGGUUCCAGGCCCUUGGAAGGACCAGCUCCCAGGCCUCCUGUGACCUUCCUCCUCCUCUCUCACUCGGAGGCUCUGCCCCGUUCUGCCACCAGCCUCCCGACGCCCCAGCCGCCCACCAUUUCCAGGGUCUCCGGUGA